AUGUUAGCAUUAUUUAUUUUCUUGUUGCCGCUGGUCAAUACGGAAUUGACCUCAUACAAUAAGCAGCUGGAAUGGAUUGCCGGGCAUUGGAGGAGCGAAUUUUCGGGCAAGGUUUUCUGGCCCACCGUACCCACGAUGACGUUUGGUGAAGAACUGAAAAUCAUGGAGGCGCCAUUAGCGAAGAGCGCCAAUGUGCAGUUCCUCAAUUUCUCCGCCCGAGCCUGGUCCCACUCCACCAAGGAUCACUUCCACGAUGAGUGGGGAUUCGUCACGGCCGAUCCCUCUGGAAAUGUGACGCUCAUGACUUCAGGAAAUAACGGCUUCACAACCUAUGAAGUCGGACACGUGUCCCACAAUCGAUUGGUGCUGACGCUGAAGGAUAUUGGGCGGAUAUCCUUUUCAAGGGAUUUGCCGGUGGAGGAUCUCCGACGUACUUUCGUGCGCCACGACGAUCGAUACCUCGAGCAGGUUAUCGAAAUGAGGACCGCUACCCAUCCAAAGCAAGGAUACUUGGAGCACACGCGGGUCGUCUACACCAAAAUGGAU